AUGGCAAGCGAGAAAACCUUUAUCCGUAGAUCGAAGGUCCUUACACACUCUCUGGGGGGCCAAGCCGGUCUACUACGAGAAUCGGGCCUCAUUGACAACAAAAUCGGCAUGUCCAAUGCUUGGAGCCAGGGUCUGGAUAACAGGGUGCUCUGGCGUCGGAAAGAGACGGCGUUGCCUAUGGAAUUCAUCAAUCUCAUCUAUGAUGAGCCUCUACAAGCAACGAUAUUUGGGUUGAAGGCCAAAGAUGAACUCGCUAGGAGGGCUGAGAUAGGAUUUGUCAAGGAUUCUAGAGAUAGCCACCCCAAUCAAGCUUGGCGCCCUCCAGCGUCUCAGCUCAUUGAGUCUAUCAUCCUCUCGACUCCUUCUGCCAGUAUAACCAGUCGCAGGUGGCUCUAUCAGUGA